UGUGAAAAGCUCUAUGAGCAAUGUCAACUUCAACAGUCAGGGUUACUCACCAUCAACUUGGAUAAAGAAUGUAGUGGUGGUACAGCUCAGGCCUCAGGCUUCAGUUGGAACCCCCGGUUAGAGAGUAACAUUCAGAGAGAGUGUGUAUGCAAAAUGCGAAUCAAGCGAAUCGAGAUCGACGGCUUCAAGUCGUAUGCACAACGGCAGGUGGUGGACGGCUUCGAUCCGCAAUUCAAUGCGAUCACCGGAUUGAAUGGCUCUGGAAAGUCGAACAUUUUGGACUCGAUAUGUUUCGUGCUAGGAAUUACAAACCUGAACCAGGUGCACAUUCUAAUUUUUGUGUGA